AUGAGCGUGGUGCUGGUGUACACGCUGGGAGCCACAGCGCUGCAGAAGUUCAAUCCAGGCUCGGGCCGCAUGGAGCUGCAGCUGUCGCCCGGGGAGCUGCUGGCCAGCGCCGCCGUGCCGCAGGGCAUCGAGGCCCGCAUCGACCGAGCCUUCCCCUUCAGGUCUGGCGCCGAGCUGACGUAUGAGGUGCUGCUGGAAGUGGCGGCGGUCAUCUCAGCCUCAUGCCGGCAGGACCCCACCGUCAACGGCUGUGUCCUGCUGUGCGGCACCGACACGCUAGAGGAGGCGGCCUUUGCGCUGCAGCUGAUGCUGGGCACCGCGCUGCGGCGCACCCACCACGCGCUCAUCGUCACGGGAGCCAUGCUGCCCGCAGACCAGCCCUCCAGCGACGGGCCGCGCAACCUGCGGGACGCCAUCACCGUGGCGGCGCACCCCGCCACCGCCACGCUGCCUGGCGGGGUGCUGGUGGUGAUGAACGACAGCAUCCACCUGGCCAGCUACGUGUGCAAGGCGGACAGCCAGCUGGUGGGCGCCUUCCGCUCCCACCCGGGCCCCAUCGGCCAGCUGCGCGGCGGCGCGCCCGUCUACUACUUCUCCCCGCCGCCCGCGGUGGGCCCCAACUGGCUGGCGGACGAGGCGUUUGGGCAGCUGGCGGCGGCCGCGCUGCGCAUGCGGGUGGCCGUCUGGACGCUGGGCGUGUCUGGCUUCCUGCCAGACAGCCUGCUGCACGAGCUGGACGGCCUCGUACUGGCGGGCAGCGGCACAGGCAGCCUGCCCGCCGCCCUGGUGGAGCAGCUGGCUCCGGCGUGGACGUCGCGCCUGCCCAUCGUCAUCUGCAGCCGCUGCCCAGUGGGGCAGAACCAUGACGACUGCCACUACAGGGGCAGCAGGCACAAGUAUGAGGGCAGGGGGUUCAUCCUGGACCGCGGCUACACCAACCUCAACCCCCUGCAGGCCCGCACGCUGCUGGUGCUGCGGCUGUCGGCGUUCGGCACAGCCUGA